AUGACACUUAACCAAGUCCACGAGAAACUGCUGGAGUUUGAUCAAUCAGCAGAUCAGAGCCUCGCAUACUCGAUGAAGUGGCUGAAGAAGAAGCUCCAAGGAAAAUACCAUGACACACUGUAUUUCACGUCACAGGAGAGGAGGGCAGAUGUGCUGUGUUUCAGAGACAGGACCAGCAACAUUCUGCGAGAGCAUCAUGCUAAUAUCCAGUUUGGAGAUGAGAAGACUCAGAUCAUUAAGACAGCCCUAAAGUUCCUUUGCAACGACAUCGCUACUAUGGAUCUAGAUCCAAAGUUUUACCCCACUGUACACACUAUGACUGAUAUUUCUAGUCAGCUGGCACUUGUUCCUGAGAGCCUUCAGAUGUUCCUACGACCGAUAGUGAAGACAGACGAAAGAGUAGCGGUUUGGGGACAAAACUUCGUAAAGGCUUAUCGGCCUAGGUCAGGGGUAUUGCCAUACCAGAUGGGUCUUGCCAUACAACUCGAUCACAGAUUUGGAUCAAAGUGGAUGCUCAAUAAGUUCCACCGGUUGGGGUGUACUGAGUCUUAUGCAGAGACACAGAGUUACAAAUAUUGCUACCUCAAUGAGAAGAAUGGAGUAGGCAUCUCUGGUGCUUCUGGUGCUCUUGGUACCAUCACUGAAGAAACUGAUAAUCAAAUAGAUGAUGAGGUACAGGUUGACGUCGAACUUGAAGAUCUCUCAGUUGCUGUGACAGCUGAUGAAUGUGGAAUACAAAGUGACGAUCUGGGGGUCUCUAUGGAGGCUGAGGAAACAAGCUCAGUUGGUGCAGUCACUCAGUUUGUUGGAGACAAUGUAGAUUUGAACAUUGUUUCUAUUUACGGGAACACUCCUUUUCAUUCAAUGAGUUUAAUAAAAGUCACCUCUCCAGCGCCACAUUCGGGAGAUGAUCGGACGAAAACAGCUAUCAAUAGGGUGAAGUUGAAGACACUCGACAAGGCUAAGAUCCUCAAGGCUGCUGAAGUUAAGAUUCUUCCAUUUACGAUCAGGAAACAGACAGGGAUAGACGCCAUCACGUUUCUUUCUAUUGCUGACCUCGCCUCCUCCGUGGCACAAGAGCAGUCACUCCUCUCUCCAGGAGAUACACUCUGGACAGCAGGGUGGGCAAUCAAAGGUAAAGAUCCCGAAUUCCAGCACUCCAACUGGAAUGGCUGGAUGAGGAGAAUCCAUGCAGAUGAUGCCAAGGAGAGCACACAUGUAGACUUGCUCCCGGUCAUCGAAGGUGACCCUAAUGACCACAGGACCAUCUUCACCACUCUCAAAGAGUGCAUGAGGCUUUCCGGAGACGAAGUUGCCAUAGUGACCUUCAAUCUCCCCAUCUGGCUCAAGGCUGUGGAUAUCAUUAAGCAGGCAAAUCUUCCAAUCAUUCCAAGGUGAUGGCACUGAGUGUGCGAGAGGGAGGGAAUUCAUCGUUAAGUUAGGCAAAUGUUAGAUUAAGAUAUGUUACAUAAAUGUUAAUCAAUUUUGGUAUUAUCAACUGUAGGUGUAAAAGUUUUUUAUGCAUUGUACUAAUUUAAUAAUUUUUGGUGUACAAAUUUUAAGUGUCAACACCCAGUAUCCUACAGGCACGAAAUCGAGCAUUAAAAAACUGAGAAUCGGCUAUCAUAUAGUUUUUUUCCAAGUCUAAGUAUCGAUUGAAUUAUGUAAUUAUAACUAUUUAUAUGAUUUUUCUAUUCUUGUCCAUCAGGUUGGGUGGAUUUCACCUGCUAAAGUCCUACCUCGGAUCUUUAGGUAAGAUCGUGGAGGAUUCUGGACUUCUAGAGUUGAUUCAGCUGAUUUAUCCGGGAAGUACGACGGCCGAUCACAUCCUGUCGGGAGGGUGUUUUGACAAGGCGAUCCGUGCUCACCUCCUGAUAGAUGCAGCCCUCUGUCAGCACGUCAUGAAAAACGCCUUCACUGAUGAAGAGCUUGAUAAAAUGAGGACCUUUAUGGAAGAGGUAGCUGAUGGGAAGAUGGGAGCCUGUCACACAGCGCCAAUAGUUGCAGCGUUUGAGCAGAGGUUUCAAGAAACUUUCAAAAAACUCGCCGAUGGAGGAAGAACACCUGCUUUCUGGGUGCAGUACCACUACAUGGUCGAUGUCCUCAAGAUCUUCAUCAGAACUGAACGGCUUGCAGACAUCGACGGGCACCUGUGCUGCAUUGUAACCAGGAUGCUGGACAUCUUUGCCGCUGCCGGGCAUCAUCAAUAA